AUGACCUCGCCGAUUGCCGCCCAGUUCAUCCAGAAGGCCCACGCGCUCUUCUGCGACGCGCCGACGCACAUCGCGCAGUGGGCCCACGAGGGCACGACGCUCCUGAUCCACGACCCGCACCUCUUUGCCCACGACGUGCUACCCAAGUACUUCAAGCACAACAACUUUCUCUCGUUUGUGCGCCAGCUCAACUUUUACGGCUUCCGCAAGUUCAAGAGCAAGUUUGCGACGCGCUUGUCGUGGGAAUUCCACCACGACCUCUUCCUCCGAGACCAGCCUGAGCUACUGUGCCAAAUCAAGCGGAAGGCGCACCUUGAACUCGUCGAGAAAGAAAACCCUGUCGAGGACCUGCGCCACGAGAUUUCGGUCAUGCAGACCCAGUUUGAUUCGCUCACGCAGCAGGUGAAGCAGCUCACGUCGGCGGUCGCGUCCCUCGCACGGGCGCAGGCGCCGCCGGCCGCACCAAAGAAGCGCAAGCGCGUUGACGACGACGAGGCAGGCUGGGCGCCGCUGGAUAGUGACGGCAAGAGCGACAGCUUUUCCGCGGACGAGAUGGACAUGGUCGAGGACGUUCUCGACGCACUGGAGCGGCCGACGGUCAUGCCACCGUGGAAGCCGCUGACGUGGAUGUGCAUCCGCCGCCGCCGUGUAGCUUGA